AGAGUUCUAGACAUAACAGCUCUUCAUCCUCCACCGUGAAGAGCAGGAUGCACACUAUCCAGGUCGACUCAGUGCAGCGCUGGAUGGAGGAUCUGCGUCAUAUGACAGAAGUGGAAUGCAUGUGCGUGCUGCAGUCCAAGCCUAUUGGUACCGAUGAGGACACCCAGGGUGAGCUCAUCGUAACCAGCGGCGACCAUGUCACCCGGGACAACCUGCAGACGCUGCUGAAACGGGCACUGGUGGUGAGCACUGAGCUAGGCAAGAUGUUUCAGCGGCUGGAAAAGGGACGUUGGCAACGUGUGCAUAGCACAGCCGUCAGGGCAAACUGCCAUGUGCGUUCGCUGGUGCACGAAUACAGUGCUGCCCGUAACACUCCCCCAGAGAUGCAAAAGUAUGAGAAGGCUUUGCUGGAGAAGUGCACUGAGUUGACUGCCAUCACUGAGAGAUGUCUUCACACAGAGGAUGACUACUUCCUCAAGUCUAUGAAGGAAGCCAUUCAUGAAAUACUCACUGAUGUUAGCGACUCCUUCAGCCAAAUGAUUGACAUGGCGCUGGCCAAUGAGAUACAGAUCUUGAUCAGGCAAAUCGAGGCGUCAGACAGCAUCUUUGCCAUCGACAGUGCCAUCAGCAACCUGUUGUCCCUCACACAGGAUGGGCCCCAGCUCUGCAGCAUUAUCGCCAAGGAGGGUGCUGUAGUGGCCCUGUUUAAGAUUUGCAGACAAGACUGCUACAGAAGCCUCUACGCUCACGCCUUGAGAACAGUUGCAUCCAUUUGCUGUGUAGAGGAGGGCAUCAACCAGCUUGAAAAGGUGGAUGGGAUCCUGUGUUUGGCAGAUAUCAUGACAGAUGAAGGGUGUGCAGAGGCAGCCAGGGCAGAGGCCGCGGCAGUGGUGGCUCAGAUCACCUCCCCUCACCACACCUCUACCCAGCACCUGGCCAGCUUCCUGGAGAGCAUGCAGGACAUUGUCACUGCCCUCAUCAAGUUGUGUGAGACUGCCUCCUGUGGAGAAGUGUUUCUGCUGGCGUCUGCUGCACUGGCUAAUAUCACCUUCUUUGACAGCAUGGCCUGUGAAAUUCUUCUGCAGCUCAAUGCCAUUCACAUCUUACUACAGGCAUGCCAUGACCGCCAGAGAGUGGACACUCCCUACUCUAAAGACCAGGUUGUGACAAUCUUAGCAAACCUGUCUGUUUUGGAGCAGUCAGCCCCAGAGAUUCUGCAGGAGAAAGGCAUUGAGCGGCUACUAUUGCUGCUGGGAGAGAAACCAUCCUCUUCAAGUCCAUCAGAGGGUGCUGCGUGUGAACGUGUCCAGCAAAAAGCAGCAGUCACACUUGCACGCCUGAGCAGGGACCCUGAGGUGGCCCAGACAGCUAUCCAGCUGCAAGCUAUCCCUCGUCUUAUAGAGUUGUGUCGCUCGCCGGCGGAAAGAAAUAACAGUGACUCAGUGCUUGUAGCCUGUCUGGCUGCUUUGAGAAGGUUGGCAGCUGGAUGUCCCGACAGUAUUGGAGCCACUGACCAUCAGCAGCUUAUCAAACCCAGGCUAGUGGACUCCUUCUUACUGUGCUCCAACAUGGAGGAGAGCUUUGUGUGAACAGAGCCAUGACACAAACCACUCCACAAAA